AGGACUCCUAGAUUUUAAACCUGGCUUUACUACUGACUUUCUAGGUUAUCUUAGGCAAGUCACUUCACUUCUCAGUGUCCCUAUAUGUAAAAUGGGGAGAAUGAUACUGUCUUAUCUCACGGGGACUGUAAAAAUUUAGUGACUGCAAGCUUUGGGAGAGAUAAUCAGGCUGUUUGGAGAUACAGACCUCUGAGACAAUAGCACCUUUUAUCCUGAAGAACAGGAUUUCCAAUACAUGCCAGGAUUUGGUAAUGAAUGUGUCUCUGAAGAUCCACGCUGUCCUGGAGCCUUACCAGAAGGACAGAAUAACCCUCAGGUCUGCCCAUAUGGUCUGUAUGCAGAACAGCUCUCGGGCUCUGCCUUCACCUGCCCCAGGUCCACCAAUAAGAGAAGCUGGCUGUAUAGAAUUCUACCCUCUGUCUGUCACAAGCCCUUUAAACCCAUGGAUCAAGGCCACCUGACGCACAACUGGGAUGAAGCGGAGACUGAACCCAACCAGCUGAGAUGGAAGCCUUUUGGGAUCCCAAGAGCCUCUGAAAAAAAACUGGACUUUGUGAGCGGUUUGCACACAUUGUGUGGAGCUGGGGAGCCCAAGUCACGCAAUGGGAUUGCCAUCCACAUCUUCACCUGUAACACCUCCAUGAUUAAUAGGUGCUUUUACAAUUCAGAUGGAGAUUUCCUGAUAGUGCCACAGCAAGGGAAGCUGCUCAUCACCACCGAGUUUGGCAAAUUGCUGGUGGAGCCCAAUGAGAUCUGUGUCAUUCAGCAAGGAAUGCGUUUCAGUGUGGAGGUGUUUGGAGAAACCAGGGGCUACAUCCUGGAGGUGUUUGGCGCGCAUUUCGAGCUACCUGACCUGGGACCCAUCGGGGCCAAUGGUCUGGCUAACCUACGAGAUUUCUUAGUGCCAGUUGCCUGGUAUGAAGAUCGCCAAGUAGCAGGUGACUACACAGUGAUCAGCAAGUACCAGGGCAAGUUGUUUUCAGCCCAACAGGAUUUCUCCCCAUUCAAUGUGGUGGCCUGGCAUGGGAACUACACACCAUACAAAUACAAUCUGGAUAACUUUAUGGUCAUCAAUUCUGUUGCUUUUGACCAUGCGGACCCGUCUAUUUUCACUGUCUUGACAGCCAAGUCAACCCGACCUGGAGUGGCACUUGCUGACUUUGUCAUCUUCCCGCCCCGAUGGGGGGUGGCAAACAACACCUUCCGGCCACCUUAUUACCACAGGAACUGUAUGAGCGAGUUCAUGGGGCUGAUCAAAGGGCGCUAUGAAGCGAAGGAAGAAGGGUUCCAGCCAGGAGGGGGCAGCCUGCACAGCAUGAUGACACCCCAUGGGCCAGAUGCUGAGUGUUUUGAGAAGGCAAGCAAAGCCAGGCUAGAGCCCGAGAGAGUUGCAGAAGGGACCAUGGCCUUCAUGUUCGAGUCCUCCUUCAGCAUGGCUGUUACCACGUGGGGCCUCAAGACCUCCAACUGUCUAGAUAGGACCUACUACAAGUGCUGGGAACAGCUGAAAAGCCAUUUUAAUCCCAGCUGCAAGUAAACAGAAGUGAGCUGCUUGUGCGCUCUCAGGCCAGUCACACUGAUGGGAAACAAUCAGUGAUGCCUACAGGGGCAAGGGCUGGUAAAGGAACAAACGUUCCUCAGUACAGCGAGCGCCAUUGCUCUGCAGCCAUUUCAACAGCGACUGAUUAAAUGAAUUACUCUUGCAAA